AUGCAAGUAAAUUCAGUAAAUUCAACUAAAAAAUCAGGUUUGAAAUUAAUCGAACCGGUGAUUCCUCGUUUUCCGCCGGAAGUGACAGCUUUAGAUCUUCUCGAAAAAGCAACUUCAAAACUUCAAACGAUUCAACAAACUUCUCGCAUUCCCAAUGCGUUCAUAGCAUACCGUAUGGCUGUAUGUAAAGAACUUCGUCGGAAUAAUCACCCUGUAAUUACUCAACCUCAACUCUCCUCGAUGGCAAAGCAAUCUUGGUCAAAGGAGCCGGAGCAUGUACGAAAAGAGUAUCAGCGCAUAGCCGCUGAAGCAAGAGAUGUUUACAAGAGUCUUUGUAAUAUUCAUCUUCCUCUUCAAUCCAACCACGAAGCUCAAUUGAUCGAGCCGGUUAUUGAAGAAACUACCGACAAAAAACAUACUAGUAAUGAAUCUGUUCAGAAUUCACUGUCACAGAAAGUAAAUGACGUCUCUGAACUUGCGACACUUCCUUCUCCGUCGUGGUCCAAUUCUACUGUCGGAGAGGUUCCAUCGUCAUUAAAUACAUCAGAUACUUCGCCAAUCGCAGACUUUUCCAUAAUUAAUGAAAGUGAAUAUAUGCUACAGUAUACGCCGGUACAAAUUCCAGAUGAAAAUAAUUCUUUGUAUGAUUCUUUCGAUUUUCAUCAGCUUUUUCAAGAUUACGGCUUAAAUCAAUUUGUCGAUGAAUCUGUUGCGUCACAACUUGUACCGAUCAAUUACGACUUGUCAAGUUCUGACUUUUACUCAAAGGAUGAUUCUAUCGUGGCAAGUUUCCAUAAUACAUGCAGUCAGCCCGAAUCAACAUGUGAAAAAUGUCGAGACACGAUUAUGCAGUUAGAAAAUAAAAUAGGAGAAUUGGAACAAAAACUCUCUAGUCUGACAUCUUUAAUUUCAACGAAGUUAGCAAAAAAGGGUUCGGGGCUUUAG